UUACCAAAUUAUAUUGGGGAAGCCAGCUCCAUCAGAAGAAAAUGGAAGACCAUUUCAUCAUUUCUGGUUCGCUCAAAAAGUGAUCAAACACACGACUUGCAAUCUGUGUUUCAAAAUUCAAACAUAAGACAAUAUGGAGGAGGUAAAUGAUAGAAAAGAAGGAUUCAACCAUAUCAGUAUCGAUGAAAAAGUGUUAUCAAAUUCACUUGCAAAACGUUUGGAAGACAAAUUGGAGAAGCUGCCUCCUCUGUCACCUGAAUGCUGCAUAUAUCGAGUUCCUGCAGAACUACGUGAAGGCAAUGAAAAAUCCUUCACUCCUCAAGUUAUUUCUAUUGGUCCUCUCCAUCACAACAACGAAAAGCUCAAAGAUAUGGAACAACAUAAAAUGAGAUUCUUGAAUGACUUUCUCUCACGGAUUCAAGUAAGCUUAGAUGACUGUGUUGAACUGUUGAGGAGAAAAGAAGUGAAGUUGCGAAAUUGUUAUGCAGAUCCCAUUGAGUUUGAUAGUGAUAAGUUCAUUGAGAUCAUUCUAAUCGAUGCAGCUUUCAUUGUUGAAGUGUUCUUGAGAAAUAGUAUUAGUUCUGAUGAUUACAAGGUUCAGAAUAAUCGACAUGAUCAUUUUUUUGGUAGACCAUGGAAGCUAAAGUUCAUUAAGAAUGACAUGCUUUUACUUGAAAAUCAAGUUCCUUUCUUCAUCAUUGAGGACCUUCUUUCACUCACUGGAUCAUCCAUUCCCAUCAGGAAUGAUCACAGGCAUUCAGCAAUCAAGCUAACGUACGAGUUCUUCAAAACGAGAAUGUAUCUGAAGGAUGUUGAUGCCUUCAAUGCCAUGGAAAAAGUAGGCCAAUCCGAAAUACAACACUUUGUUGACUUCGCCAGAAUUUGUCACUUGCCACAAGAAAUGCCACACAAAAGUAAACUAAAGUCUCUAACUUUACCUACUGCGACACAGUUGCACCAAGCAGGAGUGAAGUUCAAGGUGAAGCAAAGUAGGAAUCUUUUUGACAUACAGUUCAAAGAUGGAACCUUGGAGAUUCCACGCUUGAGAAUAAAUGAUGCUAUGGAGAACUUUCUGAGGAAUCUCAUUGCAUAUGAACAUUACCACUUGAAAGAUAACUAUGUGAAUGACUAUGUCUUCAUCCUGCAUCGCCUUAUCGACACGCCUGAGGAUGUGGAAUUGCUUGCUCAGAAUGGGAUUAUUGAGUCAAAGUUAGCAGGUAAUGAAGAGGUGUCUUCUGCUAUCAAUAAGCUAUCUCCCGGAAUGACUCUGAUCAGAUUCAAUUUCUACUUCUCAGAUCUGUGUAAGGAGCUCAAUGAUUACUAUAGAGUGCCCUGGCAUAAAUGGAAGGCAACUUUAAAACAGGACUACUUUACAAAUCCAUGGGCCAUUAUCUCUGUAAUUGCAGCAAUUGUGCUUCUUAUACUCACCAUAGUGCAGACAUAUUAUGCAGUGGCUUCUUACUAUUAGUUGUUUCCCAAAAAAAAAAAUGUUACAAAUUUUUUUUUUCCGUGGUACAAAAGUUUUCGGCAAGAGAUUGGACUCACCCACAAGCCAAGGAUAGGGAGAACUAACUCAUGAUCUAUAGGAACUAGCCCAAACAGGGAUGUGCAUACAUCCUGUUAAUCCUAACCUUAGUAGUAUUCCCGCUUCACUUAGCUGCGAGUAUGCCUCCCUAAGUGCCACGACAAUCUCCAAAAUUGAACCUUUUCUGUUUGGUAAGAGUGUCCAACUCUUUGACUACUGAACCCAUAGUGCGAUGUGUUGUUACAAGUUUAUGAUGAUAGAUAAAUUUAUAUUUGAUUUUUAUGCAAA